AUGUGUGCAACUAAAGAAGGACCGUAUUAUGAAGCAUUACCAACGAAUUUAAAACCAAUUCAUUAUGACUUAUCAAUUUAUGAUAUCAAUUUAACGAAUGAUACUUUUGAAGGUGACGUUUCAAUUGAAUUAGAAGUUAUAGAACCAACUAAUGAAUUAUAUUUAAAUUAUAGAGAUAUUACUGUUAAAAAGAAAAAUAUUGAGAUCAAGAAUGAUAAAGAAACAAUUGAAAUUGAAUCAAUUGAAGAACAUAAAUCAAAAGAAUAUUUUGUUGUAAAAUUCAAUAAACAAGUUACUCAAGGAAAAUUAUACGUUAAUAUCAAAUAUGACGCAGUAGUACAAACAAAUAUGGCAGGAUUCUAUAGAUCAAGUUAUGAUGACAAUGGAGUUGAAAAAGUAAUGGUAAGUACACAAUUUGAAGCAACAGAUGCAAGAAGAGCAUUUCCUUGUCUUGAUGAACCACUUUUGAAAUCAACAUUCAAAGUUAAAAUUACAGGUGAUUUAAAUUGGACAAUAAUAAGUAAUACACCAGUUGAAUCUACAACCACUACCACUGAAGGUCAACAAGUAGUUGAAUUUGAAAAAACUCCCGUUAUGUCUACUUAUUUAUUAGCUUGGGCAUGUGGAGAAUUUGAAUAUAUUGAAUCAUUUACACUGGAAAAAUACAAUGGUAAACCAUUACCUAUUAGAAUAUACACUACUAGAGGUGGGUACAUUGAAGAUGCAAAAUUAGCAUCAGAAAUCACUCCCAAAAUAGUUGAUUAUUUUUCAAAAAUUUUCGAAAUUCAAUAUCCCCUUCCAAAAUUAGAUCUUAUAGCAGUUCAUUCUUUUUCCCAUAACGCAAUGGAAAAUUGGGGUCUUAUAACAUAUAGAUCAACUGCAUUAUUAUACAACCCUACAAAAUCAGAUCCAUCAUAUAAGCAAAAAGUAGCAUAUGUUGUAGCUCAUGAAUUAGCACAUCAAUGGUUUGGUAAUUUAGUUACUAUGAAAUGGUGGGAUGAAUUAUGGCUUAAUGAAGGGUUUGCAACUUGGGUGGGUUACGCCGCUGUGGAUUAUUUAUAUCCUGAAUGGGAUAUAUUUAGUGAAUUUGUAAGUACUUCAUUAGAACAAGCUUUGGAAUUAGAUGGAUUAAGAAAUUCACAUCCUAUUGAAGUUCCAGUAGUUGAUGCAUUAGAUAUUGAUCAAGUAUUUGAUGCUAUAAGUUAUUUAAAAGGUGCAUCUACUAUUUUAAUGAUUUCUAAAUAUUUAGGUGAAAAAGUGUUUUUAAAAGGUGUUGCUUUAUACUUACAAAAGAAUAAAUAUGGAAAUGCUACUAGUCAUGAUUUAUGGAGUUCUAUUGGUGAAGUUAGUGGGAAACCUAUUGAUAAAUUAAUGGAAACUUGGAUUAAAAAAGUUGGAUUUCCUAUUGUUAAUGUUGAAAAUAAUGACCAAGGUUUAGUUUUUAGUCAAUCUAGAUUUUUGAAUGGUGGUGAUGUUACUUCUGAAGAAAAUGAGGCAGUUUGGUGGAUUCCAUUAAACACUUUGAGUGGAAAUUCAAUUGGGAUUGAUUCAUUUGAAGAAAAAAAUCACGUGGUUGAAGGUUUUCAAUUAGGUGAUAAACAAUUCAAAAUUAAUAAAGAUACAUCAGGAGUAUAUAGAGUUAAUUAUUCAGAUACGAUCUUGGAAAACAAUGUUAUAGCUCAUUUUGAAAAUUUUUCAACAAGAGAUAAAGUUGGUAUUAUAGCAGAUUUUGCAGCUACCGCAUGUUCAGGUAAUAAUUCAACAGUUAAAUUUUUAAAAUUUGUUAAUCAAAUAACACCAAAAUUAGGUAAUGAUUAUGUUGUAUGGUUAGAAUUAGGUAAAACAUUGAGUAAUUUCGCAACUGUUUUUGCAAAUGAUGAAUCACGUCUUCAAAUAAUAAAAUAUUUACAAAAUAUUUACUCAUCAAAAGCUAUUGAAAUUAUUCAAGAUAUAAAUAAGUCCGGUAUUGAUGAUUCAAAUUUCUUACAAGUUAAAUUUAGAGCUGAAAUUUUAACAAGAGCUGGGAAAUUAAAUAUCCCAGAAGUUUACAAUUACGCAUUAGAUUUGUUUAGUAAUCAAGAGAAAAUCCAUCCAUCAUUGGUAUUAUUCGUUUAUUCAACAUUAGCAUCUUCACCAGACUUUACACAAGAUCAAUUCGAUACUAUAAUGAAACAAGUUACAAAUCCAACAAAUUUAGAUUCAAGAGAAAUUGCAUUAACUGCAUUAGGUUCAACAACUAAAUCUGAAUUUGUUGAUAAAUUAUUAAAUUCAUUAAUUAAUCCUGAAAUUAUCCCACCAAUGGAUUCUCACUAUUUAGGAAAACCAUUAAGUAUAAACACAUCAACAAAAUAUAAAUUCUUGGAAUUUUUUUUAAACCAUUAUGAUUCUAAAUUUUAUAAGAUCAUGUCUACAAAUAUGGUUGUGUUGGAUAGAUUUGUUAAAAUCACUUUAAGAAAUUAUCAAACUGAACAAGAAUUCAAACAAAUUGAACAAUUUUUCGCUAAUAGAAAUAUUCACGGUUUUGAAAGAGCAUUAAAACAAGCUUUAGAUAAUAUUAAAAUAAAUUCUCAUUGGUUUGAAAGAGAUCAUAAAGAUGUUGAAGCAUAUUUAUCCUCCAAAUAA